AUGGCAGUUCUCAACCACGAUGAUACUCUAGCUAAACUCGACAGCCUCGAUGAAGUCAGUCCACCUGCUGUGAAGACCGACAGUCAAGGUGUCGAAGCGCUGAAAGACAUCCUCUUCGGCAGCACAGCCGGUAUCCUGGGUAAAUACGUUGAAUACCCUUUCGACACAGUGAAGGUCCGACUCCAGAGCCAAAACAAUCUUCCAGGAACCAACCGACUCGAGGGCCCGAUCGAUGCAUUCAAGCAAGCCUUUCGCUCUCCAGAAGGACCUAUUCGUUCGCUGUACCGCGGUAUAAGCGCACCUCUCUUCGGAGCAGCAGUCGAGACUUCCUCUCUUUUCUUCAGCUACAGAGUAGCCCAAAAUGCGUAUGUAAGUCUUUCCCCCACGUUAAGAAAAGAGAAGGAAACAAGCAAAGAUGGGAAAGUCGAGCUACCUUUCACCACACUCCUGCUUUGUGGUGCAGCUUCUGGGGCAUUCACUUCUAUGGCCCUUACACCAAUUGAGCUCGUGAAAUGCAAAAUGCAGGUCGUCCAUUCCAAUCCAAUAGAUCCUACCACUGGCCCGAACGGCAUGGCGCGGUCCCCUAGCAUUUCUGCCAUUAUUCGAUCUGUCUUCCGAACACAUGGUCUACUGGGUUUCUGGCACGGUCAGCUGGGCACACUCAUCCGCGAGACAGGCGGUUCAGCAGCCUGGUUCGGGUCAUAUGAAGGCACCAAGAUAUUGUUCAGAAAAUACGAUAAGAGCAUAGAGCGAAUUAAUGAGGUCAAGAUCUGGCAACAGAUGGUUGGUGGUGCUGCUGCUGGCAUGUCAUACAACUUUGUCUUCUACCCGGCCGACACAAUCAAGUCACGAAUGCAGACUGAGGAGACUGGAAAGACGCGAGGUACAUUCAUGGGUGUUGGACGGGAGCUGUGGCGACAGCAAGGUCUGAAAGGCUUCUAUAGAGGCUGUGGCAUCACGGUGUUCAGAGCUGCCCCGAGUUCAGCUAUCAUUUUCACUAUAUACGAGGCGCUAAGGAAGAUGUUCAAUUGA